UCUUUUACAGAGAAUUAGCUACUUUAAGAAAUCACAAUUUUACAAAUAAAGUCAAAGGCCGACAUUAUCAAUCCUCUCUCUCCCUUGUUCACAGCGUCUGUUUGAGCUUCUGAGCUAUGACUUCACAAAGAAGUGCGUGGGAAAUCUUCUUGCUUUUUGCACAUGUUGGUUCUUAUUUGAAUCUCGGAGCUGCGAGGCGUGCGACCCUAUGUAGUAUUAACAGCUGACAGGGCUGUGGGGCCACACGGCCCGAUGCUCGAUAUAUAAAGAGGGCCUGAACUUUGAGCUGGAGCUGUGGCUGAAGCUCUGACUCUCAGGAUGAACACCCUCCACUCUCUGGUUCUCUUGGCUGCCGGCCUCUCUGUGGCCGUGUCUACCAACGACAAGGCGCUCAACCAGUUCAGGCAAAUGAUGCUGUGCACGAUGCCCGACAGCUGGCCAGUUAUGGACUACGCUGACUACGGCUGCUAUUGUGGAAAGGGCGGCUCUGGCACGCCUGUGGACGAACUGGAUAGGUGCUGCCAAGUGCACGACAAGUGUUAUAGUGACGCCAUGCAGCACGACGAAUGCUGGCCCAUCCUCGACAACCCCUACACCGAGUUCUACUCCUACAGCUGUGACGAAGCAAGCAGGACGGUCACCUGUGGCAAUGACAACGACAAAUGUGAGAUGUUCAUCUGCGAGUGUGACAGGAAGGCCGCCGAGUGUUUCGCCAGGUCGCCUUGGAUCCCUGAGCACGAGCACUUGCCCAGCGACCGUUGUCAGUAAAGACCUCCGCAGUAUAUCGAACGCAGGAUUCAUUCCUACACACCCAUCGUUGAGCUCUCAGGAGGAAUGUGACUCUGCCACAUUCACAGUAUCAUGAUUUCUUUUCUGCUUCUGUAAUUUUUUUCUGGGUGUAAAAAUCCCAGGUUCCCUCCAUCUGCAGAAUCUAUUGUUAGCUGUGGUUUCCAAUAGAGGGCGCUCUCAUCCAGCUUUUUCUUUCCUUGCUUGCAGGAAGUAAUACACAGACUUUAAUAUUUGCUCUUCAUUGAAUAAUACCAAUGCUUGCAGUCCUCAAUAAAGAAGA